AAAAUCUUAACUAUUAUUAUUGAGACAGAACAAGGACGUGCGGUCCUAGAAUCAGCUUCUUUUUUCUUUUCAAAAUGGGUUCAGAGUUACAAGAAUACCAGCCAUUGCUGCUCCGGUUCGACUCACAUGUCCGGUUACCAGACUUGACUGCAGCUGCAGUGGACGAGUUUUUGGCGUCAAAACCGGUGCCCACCCGUUGGUACCCGAGGCUCAUGGCAUGGGAAUCAAGGCUGCUAUGGCUCCUUUCCGGUUCCUCCAUUGUAGUCUCCAUAUUUAAUUACAUGUUGAGUUUCGUCACACUCACAUUUUCUGGCCAUUUGGGUUCAUUGGAGCUCGCAGGAGCUUCAAUAGCAAGUGUUGGCAUUCAGGGGCUGGCUUAUGGCAUCAUGCUGGGGAUGGCAAGUGCAGUUCAAACUGUUUGUGGGCAGGCCUACGGAGCAAAGAAGAAAUCAUCAAUGGGGAUCAUAUGCCAACGUGCCAUUGUCCUGCACCUAGGUGCAGCAGUCCUUCUCACCUUCGUUUACUGGUUUUCAGGUCCCAUCUUGAUCGCUAUCGGUCAGUCUGAAAGUAUAUCAUUGUCGGGCGAAGUCUUUGCACGAGGACUCAUCCCUCAGCUAUAUGCAUUCGCCAUUAGCUGCCCGAUGCAAAGAUUCCUCCAGGCACAGAAUAUUGUGAACCCGUUGGCUUAUAUUGCAGUUGGUGUUUUCUUGCUUCACAUUUUACUCAAUUGGGUGGCUAUGUAUGUUCUACACUUGGGCUUGAUCGGAGCUGCCCUCACCCUCAGCCUCUCAUGGUGGCUGUUGGUCAUUCUUCAGGGUUUAUACAUCCUUCUUAGUCCGGCUUGUAAAGAAACUUGGACCGGUUUCUCCAUGAGGGCCUUUACCGGGAUUUGGCCAUAUUUCAAGAUCACUGUUGCCUCAGCCGUUAUGUUGUGCUUGGAGAUAUGGUAUUUUCAAGGACUUGUUCUUAUAUCAGGCUGGCUCACCGACCCCACAGUUGCAUUGGACUCUAUCUCAAUUUGCAUGAAUUACUUGAACUGGGAUAUGCAGUUCAUGUUGGGAUUGUCUACAGCAGCCAGUAUUCGAGUGAGCAAUGAGCUGGGGGCAGGAAAUGCAAUGGUGGCAAAGUUGUCAGUUGUAGUAGUUACCUCUACUAGUAUUAUUAUCAGUAUCAUUUUCAGUGCUGUAGUCCUGAGCUGUAAGGUUGGGUUGAGUAAACUCUUCACUAGCGAUGAAGAGGUCAUUGCUGCUGUUUCAGACUUGACACCAUUGUUGGCCAUCUCUGUCUUCUUGAAUGGCAUUCAACCCAUUCUUUCAGGUGUUGCUAUUGGGAGUGGAUGGCAAGGUGUAGUGGCAUACGUUAAUCUUGCCACUUACUACAUAAUCGGUCUGCCUAUUGGAUGCGUUCUUGGUUUCAAAACUAGCAUGGGAGUGGCUGGGAUUUGGUGGGGAAUGAUAAUCGGAGUUAUCUUACAGACUAUCUCUUUGAUAAUUAUGACGGCAAGAACAAAUUGGGAUUCUGAGGUAGUUAAAGCAGUCAGUCGAUUGAAGCAAUCAACAAAUGUGGAAGAAGAUAGCAGCAGUGCUAUCGAUGAGAUAUGAGCAGCAGAGCAAGCAGGAAGCAGGAAGCGAUUGUAUUAUGCAAAAGUUUUAAAAUAUCUUCAUGGGUGCCUUUGAAAAGGAAUGAAAUAUCUUAUUCUAAUGAGUAUUAUGAUUUUUUCGACUUAACUGCAAUGAGAACUGAUUAACAGCAGCCAUAGCUUGA